AAAUGAAUCAAGCAUCAAGAUCAUUUAUCUAGAAGAUGCCAAGCUUCGAAGCCCGGCUCAAUCCUUGGUGCAGCCAUUGAGUAGCAGCUCAACGAGAAAGGGUGCAAAGCGAGGGACAGCGCAAAAGGGAUCAGAUGACGAGCUAGUUGGGUGGGGUGAGAGUGGGUCACAUAACAUGAGGAUGGCACCUGACCGGCCGUAUAUAUGUGUGUCUGUGUGUGGAGGCGGCAGCAUAGCAAUAAGCAGAGAGCGCAGAGGAGAUGCCCAUCAUAAGCGGGUGGAAGAGGAAGGGCGGACGAUAAAUAGGGGGAAGGCAGCCAGUUCUUGUGCUUCUCUUGUCAUACUUCUCCUGAGUUUGGUGCUAUCCGAGUCUUCCAUUUGUUGCGGAGAUAGAGGGAGAGGAAACGCAGAUACCAGGAAGCGGCAGAGGAGGAUGAGCCAGGAGGGCCAAGCGGCGAACGAGAUGGUGGAGGACGGGUGCUUCUGCUUCGAGCAAGAGAGCGUCUUCACCGUCAGUAAGACGUCGCACUUCUUCGCCGGCGACGGGUUCAACGUCUACGAUUCCAAGGGGGAGGUCGUGUUCAGGGUGGAUAACUACGGGGGACCAGAUACGAGGGAUAGAGACGAGAUGGUUCUCAUGGACGCGCAAGGCAAAUGCAUCCUCACCGUCAGGAAAAAGAGGCCGAGCCUCCACCAUCGGUGGGAAGGAUUUGAAGGAGAGAGGAAAGAUGGGCAGAAACCCAGCUUCAGCGUGAGGAGGUCGUCCAUCAUCGGCACCGGCGGCAGCAACACCUCCGUCACGGUGGAAGUGUACGGCAGCGACACCAACUCUAUCUCUGCCGAAUACCAGAUCGACGGGUCUUACCCCCAGAGAUCCUGCACCGUUUACGACAGCAGCUCGAGGGAGACGCUGGCAGAGGUGAGGAGAAAGAAGGUGAGCGACGAGGUCGUGCUUGGGAAGGAUGUCUUCUGCCUCUGCGUCAAAGCCGGGUUCGAUAGCGCCUUUGCCAUGGGAAUGGUGCUGGUAUUAGACCAGAUCUACGGGGAUCAGCCCGCUACCACCUUGCACGACGCCCCUGCCAUUACACCCACUCAGCAGCAACUCCCUCUGGAGACCUCUUAAUGGCCUUCAUCUUUCAUCUGUAAGAACAAGGAGAGGAAGACUCUGUGUGCGUGUGCAAACACGUGCUUGUGUGUGUUUUCGCGUGUGUGUGAGGCUGUAGUGUAGCUGUUCUUCAUGGUCGACAAAGACGAAUUUCUCCGAUUCUGUAUAUGACCCCACUGUCUCCUUCGAAUUCCUUAUAACAUGACGACACACGUUUUGUUUGAGUUCUCUGUAUGAUUCGGAGGAAAGAUUUUUCUUUGAGGCAGUACCGGAGAUAAAAGAGCUUUGGAAAUUCUCAUUC